AUGAUAUGGACUGCCCUUCUCUUGCUGCUGCUGCUUGGACUCGCCGUUUUAUUUGUGUACACAAGGCGUACGCGGCGAAGAAAUGAACCUCCUCUUGAUAAUGGAAUAAUCCCGUGGCUUGGACAUGCAUUUGAGUUUGGAAAAGAUAGCGCUAAAUUCUUAACCCGGAUGAAGCAGAAACACGGAGACAUUUUUACAGUGUGUGCGGCCGGACACUAUGUCACUGUUCUGCUGGAUUCAAACUGCUAUGAUGAUGUCCUGUCAGAUACAAUCUCCCUUGACAUGACCGCCUACAGUCAGCUUCUAAUGAAGAGAAUCUUCAACCUACAUCUUCCCAACCACAACCCAAUAUCGGAGAGGAGGAGAGCAGAAAUGCACUUUCAGGGAACCAGUCUGACACAGCUCUGUAGCUCAAUGCACAACAACUUCAACUUGCUCAUGACCUCUCCAGAAAUAGGCCUGAACGACUGGAAAAAAGAGGGACUCUUCAGUUUUUGUUACAGCUUACUCUUCAAGGCUGGCUAUCUCACUGUGUCUGGCAAAGAGAAGUAUGACAGUGUAGAGCUGACAGAAAUUUACAAGGAGUUUCGCCGGUUUGACAAGAUUUUGCCUAAACUGGCACGAUGUACAACAAACAAAGAGGAGGACAAAGUUGCAAAUUCAGCGCGAGAGAAGCUGUGGGAACUGCUGUUUCCAUCAUGUUUGGACAGAAAGGAAGAACAACAGUCAUGGUUGCAGAGUUACAAACAGCACCUUCAGGAGGAAGGCCUAGAUGCCGAGACUCAGAGAAGAGCAAUGCUACUCCAACUAUGGGUCACACAGGGAAACGCUGGCCCAGCGGCAUUCUGGGUACUAGGCUUCAUGCUCACCCACCCUGAAGCUCUGAGGGCAGUUAGAGAGGAAAUCAGAGGAGUACAGCACCUCCCUCUGGAAAAGAGAGAGAAACACACGCCAGUGUUUGAUAGUGUUCUUAGUGAGACACUGCGUCUAACUGCAGCUGCGCUCAUGACUAGAGAAGUGGUGCAAGAUAAGAAGGUUUGUUUAAGCAACGGGCAAGAGUACCAGCUCAGACAGGGUGACCGACUGUGUGUAUUCCCCUACCUCAGCCCUCAAAUGGACCAACAGAUCCACCAACAGCCAGAGAAGUUCAAGUUUGACCGCUUCCUUAAUGCAGACAGGACAGAGAGGAAAGACUUCUUUAAGGAAGGGGUAAGGGUGAAAUAUCCCACCAUGCCCUGGGGGACAAAAGACAAUAUAUGUCCAGGACGCCAUUUUGCAGUUAGUGCUAUUAAAGAGUUUGUGUUAAUGGUCUUGACACGAUUUGACCUGGAACUGUGUGACAAGAAUGCCACCAUGCCAUUGGUAGAUGCCAGCAGGUAUGGCUUUGGCAUGUUACAACCUGGAGAAGAUCUAGAGAUCCUUUACAGAAGAAGGACUUGACAGAAAUAACUAGCCAAAUCUGAUCAGAACUGUAUAGAUAACAAUAAUUUGUAUUUAUUUUUUUCAACGAAUGUCUUGUUUAUGUAUUGUUUUUAAAUGUUGAAAUGUCUUGGUUAUUUUUUGCAAUAAUAAAUAUUGCUUUUUUUUUUGAAGCAUCAGAGUCUGAUGUACAGUUUGCCAUUCUGAUAGUAUACAAAAGAGAUAUUAGAAGAGAUAUAGCACUCUUUACUUCUUGCCAGAUUUUUAAUGUUCUGAUUGAGGGAGACCUUAGAGACCCAAAUGCCUCUUUAAUAAAGUAUCACAAAAAAACAUACUUAAGGGAGAGUUCACCCAGAAAUCAAAAUUCUCUCAUCAUUUACUCACCCUCAUGCCAUCCCAGAUAUGUAUGACUUUCUUUAUUCUGCAUAACACAGAAGAAGAUUUGUAGGAAAAUAUUUUAGCUCUGUAGGUCAAUACAGUGCAAGUAAAUGGUGACCAGAUCUUUCAAACUCCAAAAAUCACAUAAAGGCAGCCUGUUGUGCGUGAAAAUCCCAGGAGACCAUCAGUUACAGAAAUACUCAAACCAGCCUGUCUGACAUCACAUUUUUUCCCCAUUCUGAUGGUUGAUGUUUACAUUAACUGAAGAUCCUGAUGCGUAUCUGCAUGAUUUGCAUAAGCAUAAGCAUAGCACUGCUGCCACAGAAUUGGCUGAUAAUCGUAUGGAUAAGUAGGUGUAUAGAUGUUCCUAUUAAACUGCUGAGUGACUGUAUGUCUUCAGAAGUGAUAUAACUGGUGUGGGUGAGAAACAGAUCAAUAUUAAAAUAAUGUUUACCGUAAAUCUCCACUUUAACUUUCACAUUCUGAACAUUUAUUAAACCACUGGAGGGUUAUGGAUUACUUUUAUACUGCCUUUAUGUGACUUUUGAAACUUGAAAACUCUGGUCACCAUUCACUUGCUUUGUAUGGACCUACAGAGCUGAGAUACUGUAUUCAUCUAAAAAACUUUUUUUUGUGUUCAGCAGAAGAAAGAAAGUUACACACAUCUGGGACAGAAUGAAAGUGAGUAAAUUAUGAGAGAAUUUUCAUUUUUGGGUGAACUAUCCCUUUAACACUGAAGCAUCAGGGUAACACUUCAUAACUUUCCCUAAUCUAAUGAGAAUGGACUGUCAACGAAAUAUCAACUUAAUAAAACAUGGUUCAUAUGUGCCCCACGUUACUUGUUUGGAGUCUCAGAGAUACCAUGUAUAAAACAUGAAUAAAUGCAAGGGUGUAGGUUUGGUUUGAAAGAUGGUAGGGACAUAUUGCGAGGAGGAUGAUUUCAAAAUGUUACACCCUUACCUGACAGUUGUUCAUAUUCAUAUG